AUGGUCGAGAGCCAUCCAUCGCAAAACGGACUGACUCAGCCCCACGUCCAUUACUCGUUCUUGGAAACCGCCUCGGAAGGCCUGUCGCUGAGCGAGGAGGAUUUCCAUUCAAGCACCCAUGACUCCUUGGAGUCUGAGUCCGAAAGCCUCGCUCAAGAAAAGCGGUAUCAGUUGGAACUUCAGCAGCGGAUCCGUAACGGUGAAGAGUUGCUGAGCCAGUCUUACUAUGAUAUGGAGGAAGACAGCUUAGAGGAAGACAGCCUGGAGGAAAACGCCUUGAGUGAAACAGAAGAGUCGGAUGCGGAAGAAGCACGGAUUCCCACCGGACGUAAUCAUGGAAAGCAAGACUGUAGUAAUAAUCCAAGCAAAGAGGAAAUCACAGACAGGUACUCCGAACUGCGCUACAACCCCAACUGGAAGAAUGAGGGAGAAGGCGUCCUCGUGAAAUUUAAGAACUCAUACCCAGAGGACGCCCAAGGCUCCUCGUCCCCCUCCCUCAGUCCAACUGGCAGUCCUUCCCAAGACAUGCUCACGGCUAUGGAUCAUCAUCUCACGGAAGGUUGGCAAGAUAGCCCAUCUGUAUCCGACAGGGAGUCGCUGAGCUCCUCUGCACCACCUGCAAGUGUUAGCGACAGGUCUUGUCCCUCGCCUAAACGUCGGGAGCAAGAUGGGGAGGCUGCAGCUGCCUGUCUGUACAACAGCAGUUCCGGCAUUUACAGCAGUGGCUCUUCCGCCCCAGCGAAAGGCUUCAAACAACAGAGAUCCAAAAAAGACUUUAUAGGAAAGAACAAAGUCACCCUGGGAUUAGCGAGCCAACAGAAGAACUCCUACCUCCAGCUCUAUAGUAAAAAACAGAGGGAAGGCCAUCCAGGAGAGGCUCACCAAAGCAAUGGGCCUGAGAUGGGAGGAACAGACCCAAGCCAAGGGACACCCUUGAAGGAAAUCUCCAUCCAGUAUCCAGUGGGAGCUCCAGUAGAACUAAGAGGCCAGCAUGGCAGACAUCACAAUGAGUUAGAAUCUGAGAACACUCCGACACAUUCCAGCUCUUCCAGCAAGGUUCCCAAUUUGGAGCCGGACAGCAGAGGUUUGUUACAUUGCAGGUUACCUCCGAAUCCACCCGUCGCUCUUCUCUGGCCUUCCGUCGCCACGGGGAUUCAGGACACCCAGUGGCACGCAGGCCCGGUCUACUUGGUUUGCCAAGAUGGCCAGGAGACUUCCAUGAACUUGACUUUUGUUAGGAAUCCUCUUCUGCCGAGUCCAUACACAAACUUCCCCGUGUUUCGUUUGCCACGUACUGGUGAAAACAACCAGGAAGUCCGACAGAAUACUGAAAACUGUUCUGGGUACCAACAGCGAUCCCCACAUAGGUGUGUCUUUUCAGAGCCCUGUUCCCUGCCCGGACAUGGCAAGCAUCGGGACCCUUUAGGGGACAAAAAAAUUUCAUCUGCUUACGAUCCCGGACUCCGGCAGCCAGUAGACAAAGGACAUUCAUCUUGGAAUUCCAGAAAUAUUUGUAGCGAGGACAUCCGUAGCAGCCAUGUUUCUGGUGACCCAGGGCCACCCCAGCCGCUUGCCCACAACCUGAGAGGCGCUCCUUCUCCGACCGAGCAGCUCAUCCAGGCGGCCGAGAGGCACCACCAGGAGAUCUCUCAGCUGGCCGAUGACCAGCUGGCCAGCAUGCUGCCGCCCGUCAUGCAGAGGGGGGAGAGCGACUCGCGGCUGAACCUGGAGAGCAGCAGAGAAAGCCGGCCCUACCUGAGCCGCAGCAAUUCCGAAGGCUACCUGCUCCAGAGGGAGAAGCAAAACGAGAGGAAGGAGAGAGAGAACAGGAAGGCGGAGAAGUUCAAGCAGCAAAAGGAAUAUGCCAAGCAGAUCAAGGAGCACAACAUAAAGAACAUUAUAAGUGCCAGGAAACCACCGCCCAGAUCCGAGAACAAGUUAGUGGUGUGCAGGCAGAAGGCCCUGGAAUACGCCAAGGGUAUCCCUAAGCCGAAGAUUGUCCUAGCGAAAUCAUCAGAACAAGACCCCAAAGAUGAGAAAGUUCUGGCACGUACUUUAAACGGUGAGAAUUUGCCUCCCAUCGCAUCCCUGGAGUCCCUGCAGAGCAGACACGAAAGGGAAAAACAGGUCGUGGCGGCAUUCAAAACCUUCCACAUCGUAUGAGCGGCCGAACAGAGGGCCCCGAUAGAGUCUUCACCAGCCACUCUCCCCUUUCGCUCCGCACCGACGACGCUCGUCUGGACAGUUGC